AUGGGUCUCAUUCAACUUGUUAUAAUGUGCACUCUCCUGGGUGGCGCAUCAUUCGGCCUCGGCCUUCUCCCACUAAUAUUAACAUUCUCGAAAACCCGAAUCUCCCAAAUUUCUACAAUCGGCACAGGUCUGCUCCUUGGGGCAGCAAUGGGCAUCGUCAUACCUGAAGGGAUCGAGGCACUUCACCACGCAAACGAAUCAACCCGGACCUCUGAGAAAGGUGAAGACGAAGUACCUACGCGGACCAUUGCACUCUGUCUUUUAUCGGGGUUCACUCUGAUGCUCGCUGUUGAACAACUCAUCGCUCCUUCGGGACAUCAACACCAUCCCGCACCCCCACUUUCUGUAACAGUCUUUGACGAGGACGACAUUGAGCAGCUCGAGCUGGGUCCGGCUCCAGGCGAUCAAUACCCCGAUCCGCUAGUGGAUGCCACCGGAAGACGAAGAUCGGUGGAUAGUAUCAGUCUUAACGCACGAAAUGACGGUCUCGCACUUGGUGCAAGCGCACGGAGCGGCCAGAAUGCGUUGGAGGCGAUUGUAUUCUUGGCCAUCAUUGUCCAUAAAGCUCCGACAGCAUUGGCACUUUCUACGGCUCUCAUGCCCCAUCUCCCACGUCAAUCCGUCAAACGACAUACCACAGCUUUCGCUCUAACUUCUCCCUUGGCAGCUCUGAUGACAUACUUUUUAAUCGAGUUUUUGGGAGAACAUGACUCGCUAGCAAAGUGGACAGGAAUCGCAUUGUUAUUCUCUGGCGGAACUUUCUUGUAUGUUGCGACUGUUCUUCAACCCGUUUCCGGUCAUGGAAAUCAAGAAAGUGAACUCAAGCCAGGGGUAAGAGUGCUACUCACCGUGCUCGGGAUGUUCUUCCCGUUCAUUGCGGGAGGUAUUCUUGGACAUGGUCACGAGCACUAA